GAGCAGGGUAGCCUCGCCGCGCUGGGGAGACGCUCCUUCCUCCAGUGUGAGGCGGAGCUGCCUGAGGCUGCGGCUCCGCGCGCUCUCUGGGCUGCCAGGCGGCGCCGCGCUGCGCUGAGCGAUGGCGGAACGGGGAAUCCAGGCGCGGCGCGUCCUCUCCCCCGGCAGCCGCCUCCUGUUCCUCCUCACCUGCCUCUUCGUGCCCCUGCUCGGGGUGCCCGGUCCGGCCGGCAGAGCCACCGCCGCCAGGGGCAGCGCCCGCACACCCUACACGGGUGUAUCAGAACCUUCUUUUAUUGCUAAAAGUGAAGAUUGUUUGUUUAAACACUUAUUUCAAGACUAUCAAAAAUGGGUUCGCCCAGUCCAACACUUGAAUGACACAAUAAAAAUAAAGUUUGGUCUUGCAAUCUCUCAGUUAGUGGAUGUGGAUGAGAAAAAUCAGUUGAUGAAAACAAAUGUUUGGCUGAAACAGGAAUGGAUAGAUGUAAAAUUAAGGUGGAACCCUGAAGACUAUGCUGGAAUAACAUCUAUUCGUGUCCCAUCAGAGUCUAUCUGGAUUCCAGAUAUUGUGUUGUAUGACAAUGCAGAUGGUCGCUUUGAAGGAACAUCUACAAAAACAGUAGUAAAAUAUGAUGGGACCGUCGCUUGGACUCCCCCAGCAAACUACAAAAGUUCUUGUACCAUAGAUGUUACAUUCUUUCCAUUUGACCUUCAAAACUGCUCUAUGAAAUUUGGUUCCUGGACCUAUGAUGGCUCACAGGUUGAUAUUAUUCUAGAAGAUUAUGAUGUUGACAAGAGAGAUUUCUUUGAUAAUGGAGAAUGGGAAAUAGUAACUGCAACAGGGAGCAAAGGGAAGAGAACUGAUGGAUGCUGCUGGUACCCAUUUAUUACAUAUUCAUUUGUAAUUAGACGGUUGCCUCUUUUUUACACACUGUUUCUCAUUAUUCCGUGUAUAGGACUUUCAUUUUUAACUGUCCUUGUCUUUUAUCUCCCUUCAAAUGAAGGUGAAAAAAUUUCUCUCUGCACUUCAGUACUGGUGUCUUUGACUGUCUUUCUUCUUGUUAUUGAAGAGAUAAUACCAUCAUCUUCUAAAGUUAUACCACUUAUUGGAGAGUACUUGGUGUUUACUAUGAUUUUUGUGACAUUAUCCAUUGUGGUAACUGUCUUUGCUAUUAAUAUUCAUCAUCGUUCCUCUUCUACUCACAAUGCUAUGGCACCUUGGGUCCGCAAGAUAUUUCUUCAUAAACUUCCAAAGCUACUUUGCAUGAGAAGUCAUGUAGAUAGAUACUUUCCUCAGAAAGAAGAAACUAGCAAUAUCAGUGGAUCAGAAUCAUCGAGGAACACCUUGGAAGCAGCUCUAGAUUCUAUCCGAUACAUUACAAGACAUAUCAUGAAGGAGAAUGAUGUUCGCGAGGUUGUUGAAGACUGGAAAUUUAUAGCUCAGGUGCUUGAUCGAAUGUUUUUAUGGACUUUUCUUCUGGCUUCAAUAAUUGGAUCACUUGGGUUGUUUAUUCCUGUUAUUUAUAAAUGGGCAAAUAUAAUAGUACCAGUCCACAUUGGAAACACACACACAUAAAAUAUUUGUGGGGUACCAUUUCUGCUAUGAACAUGAUUCUUAAAAGAUACAUGGUAGUUCUAUGUUCGUGCAAAUAGUGUGUAUGGCACAUUUUUAAUAGAAUUAUAAACUUAGUAUAAGGAAUCAUGCCUAUAUUUAAGCAUGGCAUUUUAGGACAUGUGCAAUACCUACUGCUUAGCUGUUAGCCUACUAAUUCAUUUUUAAAUCUGGACAAAAUCAAACACACCUUUUCAAACACUUGCAUGUAUUGUAUUCCCCCCAAUCCCCAAAAUACAGUACAUAGAUAACUGCUGAGAACUAGAGGGAUUUAAAAAACUUUUUAGAUGCUAAUUGUUUUAGAAUUGGCAAAACACUAUAUAAACUAUACACUGUACUACUGAAUGUUAAAAGUGUGAAGAUGUUUAUGUAUUAGAGCAUUGUGGUUGGUUACUUAACUUACUAUAAUGAGCAGAAGAGGAUUUUAAGAGGCUAAGUUCUUUUGAGUGUUCUGAAAAUUUGAGUUUUUAGAGUAAAUUACAAAUAUUAACCAUCUAUUCUAAUACACUUGGUGUAAUAUGUAAAUUAAAAUAAUCUAUGGUUCUAUAUUUGUCUUUAUUCAUACAUUUUCAAUGAAAAAUACUAUUAACUUUAAAGACAUAGCUCAAUUAUCAGUUUAAGUUUGGAAUUAAUACUAUUUUGCGCGUCUGUAAUUUACCAGAUAUAAACCUUGCAACAGGUAUAUAGUAUUGUUUCAGAUAGGGAAAAAGAGGCAAAGAAUUAAAUGACUUGUCCAAAGUUGCACAUGAGUUCUGAAAUAAUUCUGAUUCCUAGUCCUGUGCUAUAACCACAAGACUAUACUUCCUCUCUAACAUCCUUUGUUUUUCAAAAUGACGUUUGUAAACACUUAUACAAAACAAGAAUUUGAGUCCUGGUUUCUAAAGAAAACUUGCUGAAAGCUGUGUAUGCCUUUUUAAUUCAGGUUUCACACAUUUAAUAUCCACAUUCUUAAUAAAAUAGUCUCCCUAGAUUCUCUUCACUUUUGGACUCACGCAUAAAUCUGAAUUAUAAGAAU